CUCACUAUCUUAUCAAAGCCUGCGAAAAGGCCAAUCCUCUUCCGGUUCUAAAAGGAGUUUGAUGUCUGAUUUUGGAAUAUUAUCUUAAAAUUAGAGAGCGAUGAGAGGUAGAGAGAGAGCGAGUGCGUUCAGCAACGGGGCAUGCGGACGACGGACAGCACGGAGUUGGGAGCCAUUCGGAAACCAAAGAAGGAACAGAGAUGGGCGGAUUGAUGGUCCACUGGAAAGAGAACUAAGAAAGAAGCAAGACAUAUGGGGGUGUGAUAGAAGGGUGUUUAAUCAAGCUACCGUAUUUUUCUUCACAAACUUCCCGGACGACUGGAGUCAUGAAAGUAUGUGGCUCACCUUCCGGAAAUUUGGAAGAGUCUUGGCUAUUUAUUGUCCACCAAGGAAAUCUAAAUUAGGAAGAAGAUUUGGGUUUGUAAGAUUCUUAGAAGUUAAGAAUGAGGUGGAAUUGGAACGACAGUUGGAUCAAAUCAGAGUAGGGAUGUCCAAACUCUGGGUUAACAGACCAAGGUUCAGGAAAGAGGAGGCGAGAAACAGAGCAGAUUCUAAACCAGUUGAGAUGAAUCUUGUCAAACCAGGGAGGUCAUUUGCAGAGGUUGUUAAAGGGAACCAUGGGUUGGAAGUUAACAAAGGAAGACAUCUUCAGCAAGUUUCAAGUGCUAAAGAUCGCCAAAAUAAGCAACAGAAGGGUAACUCGCCCAAAUCACAAACGCAGGUAUGGAUCAUGAAAAAUAAUGUUCGUGCAAGUGCUGGCCUAGAGUUUAAUGUGAAAGAGGAGGACCUCUUAUGGCUGGAAGGGUGUUAUGUUGGAAUUGCACAUUCGGUUAACAUUAUCCUGACGCUGCAGCAAAAGUUCUUCAUGGAAGGUUAUUUUUCGUGUAAAGUAAGACCUAUGGGGGGACGUUUGGUCUUAUUGGAAGGGGGUGACAAAGACGAGAUUAAGGACUUAGUGGAAACAACCCCGGAAUGGUUGGGGCAGUGGUUUGAGGAGGUUAUUUCCUUAGAUGAUAGCACCAGUAAGAAGAUCAGAUUUGAGAUCGGGAGAUUUCUAAUCUCCACGCCCAUUAUGGAGUUCAUCUCUAAAUCCAUGAACAUCACAGUAAAUGGUAUGCCAUAUUCAGUCAAAGUAAUGGAGGAAGAGGCAACUAACGGCAUCUUCUCCAUGAAGUCUGAUCAUGUGUUCAGGGAAUUAAGUGCUUCAAACGAUCACAGCUCAGAAUCAUGGGAUUAUGGGAGAAGUGCAGCUGGUAGGGCUGAUGAUGAUGACAUGGCUAAGGUUGAUGACGUGGGAGAAGACCAUGGAAGAAGGCAAGAAGAGAGUUGGAUGGAGAGCCAUAAUGUGGAGAUAACGGUUAGAAGAAAGAAAUUUGAAUUUGAAGAUGAUACUGACAGAAUGAUGAGUGCUGAUGGUUCCAAUAUACAGGCUUAUGAGUAUAUUGAGAAAAGUAUGGGGAAAUCUCAAAAGUUUCCUAUCAGCAAGCUGGAAGAGACGGCUGAGGAGGUAGGCUGUGUGCCUGAUAGCCUGAGCAUGCAUUUAAUGCAGAGACAGGGACAUAAUUCAAAUUGUGAGAAUGGCAAUUUGAUUGGGCCAAACUAUCCGAACCGGGCCAUUGAGGAAAUGUGGGUCAAGGGUUGCGGGCUGGAGUCUCAAGCAUGUUUGAGAGAUGAGGAGAAUUGGGCCUCCUAUACGGGCCCCAAUAAGGGCAAUAAAUCUUUUGAAGCUGAAGAUGACGUGGAGAUAAGUCAAACGGAGAAUGAUAAGCUUGAGGAGGAUGAGGUGGAUCGGAGAAGUAGGGGUAGCGUGAUGUCUGAGGAGGAUGAGGUGAAUAGGAGAAGUAGGGGCAGCUGGAUACCCGAGGAAGAUGAGGCGAAGCAAACAAGCAGGGGUAGCUUGGUGCAUGAGGAGGAUGAGGCGAAUCGGAGAAAUUGGGAUAGCUUGAUAAACGAGGAGGAUGAGGAGAAUCGGAGAUGCAGGGGGAGCUGGAGAUCCGAGGAGGAAGAGGCGAAUCGGACAAGCAAAGGCAGCUUGAUGCAUGUGGAGGGUGAGGCGAAUCCGAGAUUCGGGGGUAGCGUGAUGUUCGAAAAGGAUGAGGGGAAUCAGAGAAGCAGGGGCAGCUUGAUGUCAGACGAGGAUGAGGUGGAUAACGUGAAUCAAAGAAGCAAGGGUUGCUUGAGCCGGUUAGAAGAUCUUAGUGAAGAAAAAUCCUUUUGGCAGGGAUUCGAAAGUGAAUCAGGGCAUUUGAAAGCUUGGAUGGGUAGAAAAGAGAGGAAAAUCAAGAAGCAGAAGAAGAAGAGAACGAGGACAUGUUCUUCUGUGUAUAAAAAUUCCAGUUAUGUGGCUCAACCAAGGACAGAGAAGAUGCAGAGAAGACAGAAAAAGCACCGCGAUCUGGAGGAGAAGACUCCGUCGUUCUGUCCAGGCUCACAAAAUCAGGUUGCUGGUGACUCAAUAGCAGACAGUGGCAUAGAAAACAGAAACAAAUGCUUGCGGAUGAAGGGUAAAAUCAACAAGGAAAUGCAGAUUUGGGGGUUUGCCAAAGAAAUUGGGGUUGUGGAUCGUGGAAAUGUGGAAGAAAUUCUGCAAAAGCUCGAGGCCAUGGAGCAACGUGUGGGUGGUCAUGGGAAGAGAACAUGGGUCAGAGAAUUAGUGGUUCGGGAGAAGGUGGAGUUCUUAUCAAUUCAAGAAUCCAAAACAAAGGUGGUGGAUCAUCAACUCUGUAGAGCUCUCUGGGGAUCAGAGGACUUUGAUUGGGUUGCUCAACCCUCAAAAGGUACGGCUGGAGGCUUGAUAUGUGUUUGGAAUUCUGAAUUAUUGAAGAAAGAUAGAAUUAUUGAAGGGGAUAAUUUUAUUGGGGUUUUUGGAUUUUGGGGGGCAGCUAGGAUCCCUGUUUAUAUCAUUAACAUUUAUUCCCCAUGCGACCCUCCAAGGAAAAGAGCAUUAUGGGCUUCUCUCAAAAACCUUAUUUCUGAAAUUGGUGGGAACUGGUGUUUAAUGGGGGAUUUCAAUGCAGUAAGGAAUCAACAGGAAAGGAAGGGGGGGAUGAGUAUAAGGAGAAAAAUGCUAGAGUUUGACGAAUUCAUUAAUGAAUGUGGCCUUGUUGAUUUACCAUUAAUUCGCAGAAAAUUCACCUGGUACCAAUCUAAUGGAGCCUCGAUGAGUAGGCUAGAUAGAUUUCUGCUCUCUAAAGAAUGGUGUCUGAAUUGGGAAAAUGUCAAGCAAUGGGGCUUAAACCAUUCACUCUCUGAUCACUGUCCAAUUGUUCUCAAAAACCAAAUUACAGAUUGGGGCCCAAAACCAUUUCGGUUCUUUGAUGCAUGGCUGGAACUACCUCAGUUUAAAGGUAUUGUCGAUGAUAUCUGGAAGUCUACAGUAGUAAAUGGAUGGAAUGGGUAUCGUCUGAAGGAGAAAUUGAAGGAAACUAAAAAGGUGCUGAAAGAGUGGAGCAAGAAUAUGGCCUCAGAGAUUGACUUGGGCAUUCAAAAGAGCAUUGAUUCUAUUGCCUUUAUUGAUAAAAAAAGAUGUGUGAAAGGAAGAAGAAGAAAGAAUGAUAUAUCAAGUAUCCUGGUGGGAAAUCAACGACUUGAAGAAGUCAACAGUAUGAAAGAUGGUGUGGCUAACUAUUUUGAGACACUGUUUAAAGAAGAUGUGUGGCAGCGCCCAGUCUUAGAUGGGGUCGAAUUCAAGAAGAUCUCAGAUGAGGAGAGGGCAAUGUUGGAAGCACCGUUUAGUGAGGAGGAAGUCAGACAAGCUGUGUGGAGUUGUGAAAGCUCGAAAGCACCAGGACCCAAUGGAUUCAACUUCAAAUUUGUCAAGGAGAUGUUGUCUUCUGUUUUGAAUGGGAUUAUUGGGGAGAAUCAGAUGGCUUUUGUCAGUGGAAGGCUAUUAGUUGACAGUGUGGUCAUUGCAAAUGAGAUUAUUGAUGAAGCCCAGAAAAGAAAGAAGAAAGGGUUUGUGUUUAAAGCUGACUUUGAAAAAGCUUAUGAUAAAGUCUGCUGGGAAUUUCUGGAUUAUAUGAUGCUAAGAAUGGGGUUUGGUCAAAUAUGGAAAAACUGGAUUAAUGAAUGUUUGAAGAUCGUAGAGGUAUCAGUGCUACUAAAUGGCAGCACCACCAAGCAGUUUAAGAUGCAAAGAGGUUUCAGACAAGGUGAUCCUCUCUCCCCUUUCUUAUUUUUGAUUGUGGUUGAAGGUCUUAAUGGCAUCAUCUCAUCAGCUGCGUCAUUGGGGUUGUUUAAUGGGAUUGAAAUUGGUAUUAUGAGGAUUUUUGAGAUGGUUUCAGGGCUUAAGAUUAAUUUUGGAAAAAGUUUACUUAUGGGCAUCAAUGUUUCGGAAGAAUGGAUGACUAGGAUGUUUUGUAUUUUGAAUUGUAAACAGGGGAACUUACCUUGUAAAUACCUAGGCAUGCCGAUUGGGGGUAAACGCAGAUGUAUUGCCAUGUGGAGACCCAUGAUUGAUUCCUUUAAGAAGAAACUUGCCAGUUGGAAAAACAGAUUUAUCUCUCUUGGUGGAAGGAUCACGCUCCUUAACUCCGUGCUGUCUAGUCUCCCUGUGUUCGCGAUGUCUGUUCACUUGCUGCCUAAAGGUUUGAUUCUUAUACUUGAUAAAAUUCAUAGAAAUUUUCUUUGGGGGGGUGGAGCGAAUAAUAGGAAGAUCAAUUGGGUUGGUUGGGAGAAUGUGUGUAGAAGUAAAUUGGAUGGUGGGCUAGGUGUGAAGGAUCUUAGAAAGUUUAAUUUAGCGUUGUUAGGCAAGUGGUGGAGUAGACUAGCAGAGGGAGAGGAAGGUCUUUUAUAUAAGGUUAUUCGUGGAAAAUAUGGUAGUAGUGGAGGUAAUUGGUUGAAUUGGAUUGAAGAAGGGAACCAGAAGGGGUCAUUAUGGUGGAGGGAUGUCUGCAGAUUAGAUUAUUCGUGCACAAAUAGAGUUGGCUGGCUCUUAGAUGGCUUUAAACUAAAGUUGGGAGAGGGUAAUUCUGUCAAAUUUUGGGAGGAUGUCUGGAUUGGGGACGAGUCAUUGGCUAAUAAAUUUCCCAGACUCCUUUUGAAUUCUUUAGGCAGGGCAAAGAGCAUUUCUCAAAUGGGAUUCUGGAGCAAUGGAAGUUGGAGUUGGUCUUUAGAAUGGAGGAGGCCUAACUUUUCCUGGGAAAAACACUCGAUGGCGGAGCUGCGGAGGAUGUUGCAGACUAUCCAACCAAUUAAGGGACAAAAAGAUCGAUGGGAGUGGAGGCAUGAUCAGGGUAUUUAUUCAGCUAAAUCAGGAUAUCAAGUUCUCUCCAGCAGCCACCAACAAAGUAGGAACAACUUGCAUAAAAGAAUUUGGUGCAGGUUAGUUCCCACAAAAAUAUGUGCCUUUGUUUGGAAAGUCCUACAAGAUAGAAUACCCUCCAAGGUAAAUCUGUACAAGAGAGGGAUUAUCCCAGAUCUCAAUCUAGCUACAUGCAUGUUAUGCAAGGAGAAUAUUGAAGAUAUAAAUCAUCUAUUUCUUCAUUGCAAGUUUGCAUAUGCAGUGUGGUCCAAAUGUCUUCAAUGGUGGAGAAUUUCAUCUGUUAGAGCUGACAAUUGCUAUGCAUCCUUUGAACAACAAAUAGCCUACUUUAAAAAUGUAAACAUCAGGGCAGGAUGGGAUACAGUCUGGUGUGCAACAAUCUGGUCUAUAUGGAUUGCUAGAAACGAAAGGGCUUUCAGAAACCAUGAGCAAGAGGUCAAUAGGAUUUUUAAGCUGGUGCAACUGCGGUCAUUCCAAUGGAUCAAAAUCAGAACAGUAGGGUACUCUUUUAAUCUAUGCAAUUGGAUGUUGGAACCUAUGGAAUGCUUGAAAGAUAAAAGGGGAGGGAACUAUAGUGCUGCAGGACGGGGGCUAGGGGUGGAUCCAUGACAGCUGAAAGGUGAUCCUUUUCUACUGUUCUUAGCUAAAGGAUCAGGUAUUGGCCUCAUGCUUUUCCUCCCUAUUUUGCUAUGUACUGGUUUGUAGUGUAACGGGUUGGAGUACCCCUUGUACUCCCUUUAUUACUUAAUAAAUUCCUUUGCUGUGC